GGUGACGAACUGCUCCGGCACACUACACACACACUCCUCCUAUCUUACCUUUGCUCCCCAGUCUCCUCCUGCUCUCCCGCCAGGGCCACAGGGAUGCGAUGCACUGACACACACACACACACACACACACACACGUACACUCACACGUACCCGCGCGCGCGCGCACCAGGCUGCAGAACAACUUUACGCAGCAGCCAGGGUUGAAUUUGGAUGAGUUUUUUCACCCCCGGACAACCAAAGUAACAGGCAGCAACUCCAGUCUGAGGGGUGGUGGUGGGGGGGGUGGGGGUGCGUGUUUUCUUUUUUUUCUUUACUUUUCUCUCUCUCUCUCUUCAUUUUUUUUUUUAAAGGCAUCAGAGACAAGCCGGCAGCCCUGUCCCGUGCGGUGCUUCCCACAUGUCGCGAAAGCAGGGCGACCAUGACUACAACCUCCGGAGCAUGAGCAAGCUGAUGGGCGAGCGGUGGAGGAGAGGGGACGACCGGGGAGAGCGGAGUCUCAUCAAGGCUCCGUCCAGCGCCAGCAUCAGCAGCCAGGGCGCACCCGCACCCGCACCCGCCGGUGCCGCCGGUGCCGGUGCCGGUGCCCCGGCUGCGCCCGCCGUCGCCGCCGCCGCCGCCGCCUCCUCCUCCUCCUCCACCGGGGACCUGGAGCGGGCUGCGCGCAAGCAGUUCCAGCGGGACGUCACGCCCGGCUUCGUGUACGUGCUGGCCGCCUUCUCGGCGCUGGGCGGCUUCCUGUUCGGCUACGACACCGGGGUGAUCUCCGGGGCGAUGCUGCUGCUGAAGCGGGAGCUGGAGCUGAGCGCGCUGUGGCAGGAGCUGCUCAUCUCGAGCACCGUGGCCGCGGCCGCGCUGUCCGCGCUGCUCGGCGGCUUCCUCAACGGGCUCUUCGGGCGCAGGCUGUGCAUUCUGCUGGCCAGCUCCUUCUUCGCGGUCGGCGGCGUCGUGCUGAGCAGCGCGCCCGGCAAAGAGGUGCUGCUGACGGGGAGGCUCGUCGUCGGCGUGGGGCUCGGUAUCGCCUCCAUGACAGUGCCCGUGUACAUCGCCGAGGCCUCCCCGCCCCACCUCAGGGGUCAGCUGGUGACCGUUAACACCCUCUUCAUCACCGGGGGACAGUUCACCGCCAGCCUCGUCGACGGCGCCUUCAGCUACCUGCAGCGCGACGGAUGGAGGUACAUGUUGGGUCUGUCAGUGCUUCCCGCCAUGCUCCAGUUCGUGGGAUUCCUGUUCCUGCCAGAGAGCCCUCGCUGGUUGAUCCAGCGCGGGCUGACCCAGAAGGCCCGCCGCGUGCUCAGUCAGAUCCGGGGCAACCAGAACAUCGACGAGGAGUACGACAGCAUCAAGAACAGCAUCGAGGAGGAGGAGAAGGACAGCGGAGGAGACGGCCCCGUGAUCUGGCGGAUGCUGACCUACCCCCCGACUCGACGAGCCCUCCUGGUGGGCUGCGGUCUUCAAAUGUUCCAGCAGCUCUCCGGGAUCAACACCGUCAUGUACUACAGCGCCACCAUCCUGCAGAUGUCAGGCGUGCGGGACGACCGGUUGGCGAUCUGGUUGGCCGGGCUCACCACCCUCACCAACUUCCUGUUCACCCUGCUGGGGGUGUGGCUGGUGGAGAGGGUGGGACGCAGGAAGCUCAUCUUGGGCAGCAACGCAGGCACAUGUUUGAGUUUGAGUCUGUUGGCCACCGGUUUUCUGAUAUCUGCCCAGCACAGUCCUCCCGUCAGCUUUCACCCAUUAGACCCCGCCAUGGCCAACUCGACAUGCUCUAAGUACCAGCUGUGCGAGCCAUGCAUGCUGGACCCCGGCUGCGGUUUCUGCUACCGCGAGAACGGCUCGGCGCUCCUCGCCUCCUCCUGCGUCACCGUCGAUAAGGCCUCCACUGAGCGAGCCGCGUGGGGCAGAUGCUCCAACUCCAGCCUGAUGAGAGAUCAGACCUACUGGGCCUACAACUACUGUCCCACCUCCUACUCCUGGCUGGUCCUGAUGGGCCUGGUGCUCUACCUCGCUGCGUUCGCUCCAGGGAUGGGUCCGAUGCCGUGGACCAUCAACUCGGAAAUCUACCCGCUGUGGGCGAGGAGCACGGGCAACGCCUGCGCGGCCGGAGUCAACUGGACCUUCAACAUCCUGGUGUCUGUCACCUUCCUCCACCUGGCGCAUUACCUCACCUACUACGGAGCUUUCUUCCUCUACUCCAGCAUGGCCCUGCUGGGUUUCGUCUUCACCUACGGCUGCCUGCCCGAGACCAAAGGCCGCCGCCUCGAGGAGAUCGAGGCGCUGUUCGAGAACCAGCUCUGCUCCUGCGGCGCCUCCGAUUCGGACGAGGGGCGGCAGGUCGAGUACAUCCGGGUGAAAGGUUCGAACUACCACCUAUCGGACAACGACGCGUCUGACGUGGACUAGGAGAGAGAGUUCUGGUGUCGUCGUGAUCCCCCUCCGGAUGUCUCCUUAGCUUUGGCGAUAACUGGAACACAGAAUGGUUUGGUCUGUUAUAUUUAGAAUUGUUUCUUCUUUCUUUUAAAGUUCAAAAGGCCUUUUGCUCGUAUCACGGCAAUGUGAGCUCACUUACAAAAUCGGUCAAUUCAGGAAUCCAAAAUCAGCGACAACACUUUAGUUUGAGUACAUGAAUGUUUUUCCAGCCUAAUCUCUGAUCUGAAUUGUCAACGAUACAAAGUGGAAAGGGCGAAAACAUUCCCUUUUUUUCACACCAGUGUCCUGUUCAUGGAAAUGUGGGCAGGAAACUGUUGAAGCACAUUGAAAAUACAAAAUACCAAUGGCGAUGUACGUUACAAAAGGAGCUGCGGCCCAGUGUUAAAGAAAAUAUGACUUAUAUUUCCUUUUCUUUUGAGUAAAUAUAAAUUUCGGAUUUAUAUAUGAUGUUGUGCAUACAGAAGGAAAAGCAUAACAUGACACAGCCGCGCUACAGGUACAGUGAGUGCGUCCACAAAACAUUUGCCGUUGACAUGGCGACAGCGGCAGUCGUGAGUCGUCGUUAAAAUCUGUAGAUCCACUCGGCCUUUCCGUAUUUAAAAACACGUCUCGGUUAAAUGGUUGUUUUGAGCUCGUAGCAUUGCACAUUGAUGUUAGGUCCUCGUGGCGACUCAACUCUUAGCUUGUGUUUGGUCUCGUAUUGGGUUUAGUUUUUUAUGAAAAAGCAAACACGCUGUGGAGAUGUACAUAGUACGUUGUUUAAAAUUCUGCUAAAACUCGUAUUGUCAGUGGUUGCAUAGACGGAAACACCACUGAAUAGUAGCACUGAAAGGACGAUAACUUAUGUGACUUAUUUAUUUAUUUAUUGAACUAAGAUAGUUUUUUUUUCCCCCUCAAACACAUUUGCACAAGAUAUCUAAUUGCUUUAGCGUAGUUUUAUUUUAUUUGCUUUUACCAUAAUACUGUCAUGAUCUUAGCAAAAAUCUACAAUGAUGCUAAAAACCUUCCCCUUGUCGUCAACCGUAGCUGCUCGUCAUUGCCUGAUAUAUUGCGUAUUUGAUAAUAUAUCGAGCAAAGGACGGGCAGUCUGUUCUCUCUGUGGUGGUAAAUUUGAAAAAUAGCAUUAGUUUUAUGAUGGAGAUUCCCAGUAUUUCAUUCUAUCUCUGACAUAAUCAUAUUAGUGCCUAUGUGUCGUGAAGGUGCCUCAUGGCCAUUUUUCUGUCACAUUCGUAAAAGUGGACACGUGAUUAUUAUGGCACGUUAUGAUCAGUCGACAUGGCUUCUUUCUUAUUUUUUUAUUUGACGUGUACAUAUUUGCCUUUCACCCAUGGUGGAAUAUUAAUUUUUUUUACGAUUGAUUUUUAUUAUUUCAGUCACUUUUUUGAUUUUCCGUCUUCCUCCUUAGCCUUAUGUACAAAUAGCGGAGAGUGCCGGUCGCCGGCUGUGGCCCUCGUGUCGGACGUUGGGGGGGAUUCGGUGUCAUUUGCCAGUGUUGUCUUGUAAAAAGUAGAAGCGUGCGUGAGGUCAAACCUUGUCAGUCAAAUACACAUUGUGAUUCAGUGUUAUCGGAGAAAAACCUGUCAGCAGUGUGUUGCAAAACCAGACCGGUGAACAUGCUGCGCUGUUACUAUGCUCAAUGAACAGGGUUUCUCGUGAUAGAUCGACAGCCCGUGGUAUGAUUUAAUACCACUUUCCAAUACACUUCUCAACUGAGAAGCUGUCUCACAUUCACACACGAAUACCAAUGGAAAUGUUCCUCUAAAUUGAUAACGGUAAAACAGUAGCAAACAUAGCAUCUUGCACCUAACUUUGAACAUGUGAACAUCGAUUUUUCCUGAAACAUUCACAGGACCAUAUUCAGCCUGUUAUUUACAAAUCAUCAUAGUUUUUUUUAUCUGCUGAUCACUUUUCAAAGCAUAAACGUAUGCCGAAGGCUCCCUCGUUUUCCAAAGCAUGCCGUACAUGUUUUGAUUCCCAGUCUUGCAAGCUGAUUUCGAUUCCUUUCAAUGACAAACAUGCACACAGACAUUAGACAGGCCUCAGCACAGAAACUAUAAAAGGUCAAUAAAAAAAAAUCUAUAUAUCAUAUACUUUUGAAAAUGAUCUGCAAUAAUGUAAAUUACCGGUGAUUUGUAAUUGUGAGGCUGAAACAUGCAAAUGAUCUAGUAUGUGGUUCUUCAAGUCCAAAAGAAAGCUGAUGGGAAACAUCCUGCAGAUCCUGUUUAAUCAGUUAUCAGAAAAAGGUGAUUGGCUCGGACCAAUUUUUCUACGUUUUCCAACUUUUUCCUUUCAACUAAUGGAGACUCGUCUCUACAGGCUUUCAGAGUGAAGAAAACUAACCCCGUCACAACGUGAAGGCGUUUGUUUUCACCGUUAGUUUCAUUUGGUUCGCGAUCAGGUGUCAUUUAAAAAAACAAAACUAGUUUUGUAUUAUUACAGAUGAAUCCGUCCACAACUCCGAUUGUCUAACGAGAACUCGUGCAUCGACCAAAUAUUUACCGUGAGUGUUUUUCAGGCUGCAGCUUUUCACAGAUACGUGUUGGCGUCCCAAACACUGCUUCUGCCACAGUGGGGACAUUUCAUGUGUGCUCAAGGUGAAACAACUGCCAGUCUUUUCUAUGAGUGUUUCUACCGUUCACGAGGAACAACAAAAAUGCAAAUAAAAAAAUUAAAAAAUUAGUGCUGUAUAGUUUAUUUGACUAUUGUUGGAGCUGUAAAUGUUUUGCUAGAG